AUGAAUUACAGAAACGAUAGUAAUGGAGUGUUAAACAAUAACGAAAAUAGUAAAAAAUCCAACAAUUUUUUGAACAAUUAUGAAAAUAUAAGCGCAUCAAAGAACAGCUCUGCUGAAGAAAUAGCAGAAAAAUAUUUAAGAAGUAAAUUAAGUUUAGACUUUAAGAGUAUAAAUAAAGUGGAUUAUAAUUUAAAUAGUAAAAAUGAAUAUUACGAUAAUAACAAAAAUAUAGAUAAUACAUUAGAUUAUACAGGAAUUAAUAACGGAAAUAGUUAUAUCUCACAUAAUGAUAAAUUAAAUUAUUUUAAAAAUACAAGUAAUAAUUAUUCAGGUUAUGAAGAAAAGGGAAGGUCAUACUAUGAUACCAUAAAUAAGACAUCACUUUAUUCUGAUAUAGUUAAUAAUACUAUUAAUGUAAAUUAUUCUAAUUGUAAAAAUGAUGAAAAUAAACUUAUAUACACCAAUUUAAAACCCAAAACGAAUAACAUAAUUAAUAUAAUAGGCAGAUCUAAUUCUAGAAAUUUAACUGAAUUCAGUCACUUGAACUCGCUGAAGGACGAUCAACCAAAUAAUUAUUAUGCAAAAAAUGAUUCUAUAAAAUACGAAAAAGACAGACUUAAAAAUUUACAAAUGAAAAACCAAGAUACUAGUAACAAUGCGAACCUUCUGAUAAGCAGAUAUAAUAGUGUAAAUAGCGUUAUCAAUGAUAAUAACGUUGGAAAUGAUAAUUUGGGGAAAUAUAAAUAUGGAAUAAUUAAACCAUGUACAGAAAUCGAGAUGGAAAAAAAUAACGUUGUAAAUAAUAUAAAAAUCGGAGAUUCUUUAUUAAAUAAAAGAGAUAACACAUAUAACAAUAAUAAUAAAUUAUUUCAGGAUAACAAAUAUUAUUAUAAAAACGGGGAGAAUAAAUAUUAUAUGGAAAACUACCAUUCUAAAAAUAACAAUAACGGUAAUAAUAACAAUAAUAGUAAUAAACGAAAUUUAAUGCAGAGAAAUAAAGAUUAUGUUCAUUAUCUAAGUAAACGAAAUAGUAUAUUAAAAAAUGAUUUAUCAAUUAAGAAAGAUUUGAAAAAAAAACCAAGUGUUUCAAUAAAUCUAAAACAGUCACAUAUAAAAAAUAAGGUAAAUAUUGAUAGAUACAAGCAUAACACUUUUUUUAAUUCGUUUUAUAAAAGUGCAAAAAAUAAAUACAACGAGAUUGAAUUAAUGAAUAGUGUUAAUAUAUUUAACACUGGAAAUGGAAUAAAUAUUAACAACAACAAUAAUAAUGAUAGCCUCAAAAAUGUAAGUAUAAAAAAUGAUAAUAGCUACUUGGGAACUUUUGAAAAGGAUAUGUAUAAAAUAAAUAACAGUAAUGAUUCUAAUUUUAAUUUUUUAAAAGAAAAGUUAGGAUAUACAGAAAAUAUAAGCAGUGUAGACUAUAUGAAUAAUAGUGAAAUUGAUAUAAGCUUCUUAAAAUCAACAUAUUCAGAUUCAAGUAAAAUUAUCGAUUCUCCUUUAAAUUAUGAAAAUGAAACAUUUAGCACUGUAAAAAAACAUGAUAUAAAUGAUGAAUUGCUAAUAAAAAAUGUAAACAAUUCUAUUCGAUAUACACAUAGGGGUAAUACUGGAACUUAUUCUAGUAGUCAAAUAAAUAAUCAUCAAAAGUUAGACAAUAUAAUUUAUAAUGAAAAUGUGAAUAAUGACAAAAGUAUAUUGCCGUGUGGCGCCCAGAAUGUUAUCAACGUUCCUAAUAAUGAAAAGUUUGACAAUAAUAAUUUAAAAAUGUAUUCAAUUGGAAAUACUUUUAAACCAAAAAAUACAGACAAUGUUAUAAUAUAUAACGAUACGUCAUCUAAAAAAGAAAUACAGUUUGCAUAUGAUCAAGAAAUAAAUUAUUUUACACAAAAUUCUAUUCAUAACAAAAAUAAUGUAUAUGGAGAAAAAGAUAAAUUAAAAAAUAUGAACGAUUUAUAUAAAAAAGGAAUGCCAAAUGAAUUAGGAAUAAAUUUACCCCCAAACCGUUCCGAAAACAAACAAAAUAAUAUCCUUUCAUUUGAUCCAAAUAAAUUAAAUAUAAUAAAUAAAAAAUAUGGUGAUAAUUUAAUUUUGUCUGAAAAUAUAAAACGUGACAUAAAUAGCAAUUACAUUGAUCCAACAAUCAAAUAUACUAAUAAUAAUUUAAAUAGCGAUUACAAUAUGAGUAAAUUGAAUGAUAAUAGUGAUAAAUUUAAUUUCAAUAGUGCAAAGAUAUACAUAAAUAAAGAAAAUAAUAAUUGUGAACUUUAUGAUAAAAACACACAAAAUCAUCAUAUCGGUAAAUAUGAAUAUAAUAAUAAUAAUAAUAACAUGGGUAUCGUUUUAAAGGGGGUAAAUUUUGAAAGUGACGAUAAAAAAAAAAUAGAAAAUUUUAAUUUUAUAGACAGAACAAAUUUAUCAAAUAACAAUGGAAAAAACAUAAGUCCAUUAUAUUUUUCUGAAAAUAAACUAAGUAACAUAUUUAACAACAAAAUAGAGAAAAACAAAUUAUUGAAUGUUAAUAAUAAUCAAAUAGGUAUAGACAAUAAAUUAAAAAAUAAAAAAUAUAUAAUGCCUCCUAACGAGAACAUAAAUAUAACAAAUACAAAAAAAACGAGAGAUGAUAAAAAUUUCGUGAACGAAUUAAGUAACAUAAAUAAUUAUGAAGAUUAUUAUAAAUAUAUUAGUGAUUCUAUUAAUAAUAUUCCGAUAACUAUUAAAAAUAUGAAUAUUUUAUUAGCCUUAGCUUUAUAUUUUUUAAAUUUUAAUAUAAAUAAUAAUUCAACAAAAAACGAGCUUAGCGAUGAUGUAUUAAUAAAACUUUUAAAUAAAUUUUUAUAUUGCUUAAAUUUAAAGACAUGUUUAUUAAAAGAAAAAAAAUUAAAUAAUAAUGAAAAUAAGUAUUAUUUUAUACAAAUAAAAAAAAAUGAAAGUUUAGUUAAUAACGCUUUCACAGAUAAUAAUAAAGAAGAACCUAUUAUUGAUGAAAAAAAAAAAAAUGAAUUAAAUAAAAAUAAAGAAAUGUCUAAUAACAAGGAUGAUACAACAACACCAUUUUUCACUUUUUAUAAUAAACGAGUAAUUAGGAAUAAAAAUGACCAAAAAGAAAAUAAUCAAAUCGAGAUAAUUAACAAUAGAAACUGUGAAAUAGAUACUGAUAAGAAAAACAAAAAUAUAGAAAAAACGAAUUGUUUCUAUCUUGAUGAAAAUAUGAAAAUAAUAACCCUUGGUGAUAUCUACAAAAUAGCUUGGUGUUUGUGUGUACUAAAAAAAAAUUUUAUGUAUAUAGAUUUGUUACGAAUAUUAUAUAAAGAAUCUGAGUCUAUGAUUGUGGAAAAGGAAUUAAUUUUUUGUGUUACAUAUAUUUUUAAAUAUUGUAGAAUAAUUGAGAUUGAAGAUUGCAAAAAUUAUUUAAAUAAUAAUACAGUAAUACAUUUAGACAACAAUAGCAAUGAAAACUUAUGUAUGUAUUUACAUCUAUUACAUAUUUGCUCAAUACAUGAUGAAACAUUUAUAAAUGUAAAUCAUAAAAAAAACGUUGAUAAAAUUAUUAGUUAUUUUUAUGAUAAAAUAGAGAAAUUAAAUAUAUAUAUGUGUACUAAUAUAUUAUGUGCCUUAGCAAAUUUAAAUAUAAAAAAUGAUGAAUAUCCAAUUUUUUUUAAUAAAAUGUUAAAUUAUUUUAGAAAUAAUAUUAAAAAAAUGAAUAAAAGUAUACUACUCGUUAAUAUUGCUUGGUCUUUAUGUAUUAUUGAAGUACCAUGUUCUGAAUUCCUAAAAGAUUUAAGUGAAUAUGUUAUUAACAUUUUACAUUUUAUUCCUUUGAGUGAAUUUAUAACUAUAUCUUGUUGUUUUAGUUGCCAAAAAAUUAUAGUUAUAAAAAAUUAUUUUCAAAAUCUAAAAAGGAAUAAAGAAAUAAACCAAGAAAAGGCUAUCACAACAAAUUUAUCAAAUAACACCAUUAAUGAAUAUAAGCAGUACGAGUUUAUAAUUUAUGAAUAUUAUGAAAAAAAAAAAGUAUUUCCUUACUAUUUUUACAAAAAGCCUACAUGUAAUUCUAUCAUUUUCAAAAUAUUGGCUUACAGUUUUUUACAUUAUGACCAACGAAUAAUAGAUGAAACAUCAUGUAAUGUAGGGGAUAACAUCAAUGUUUCUACCAAUAGUUAUCAUCCAUUUUCAGAUGUAAAUAAUGAUAAUAGAAAAACAGUUAGAAGUUUAAGUGUAGAGAAUAAAUCUCAAAAUCCCAAUAAUAUAAGAAAUUUCAGUGUUCACAGUUCUAGAUUUAACAGUUCGAAUAUUUCUACAAAUGUUAAGAAUACAUAUUUUAUUCAUGAUGAAAAUCAAACAAAUUAUGGUUCUAAGUUUAUUCAUUCUAAUAAUUAUGUAAGAAGUGAAUAUUCAGCAGAUUGUGAUAGAAACAACAGAAUUAAUACAUCAAAUCAUGGAGGUAAUAAAUGGAAUAAUUUUCUAAAAAUAAACAUACAUAAUAAUGCGAAUAAUAAUUCAAAGGGUGGGUUCGAAAAUAAUAAAAAUUUGUUUGGAAUGAAUAAGUCAAUUAUAAAUAAACCAAAUGAUUAUAAAAGUGGGAUUGAAAAUAACAAUAAUACAUAUAAAGGUAAAUAUACCAAAAAGAUUAACGAGAAAAAAAAAAAAUUAAAAGAGUAUUAUAAUUUAUAUGAUAGAAAUAAUAAUUAUGAAUUUACUUUAAAUUCUUUUGAAAGAAUAUUAUUUACGAAUUUGAUAGAAGACUGUUGUAAUAAUUUUGAAAAAAUAAAUACAAUUCAUUUAAUUGAACUUUUAUAUACAUUAUGUAUAUUAAAUUUAGACAAAAAAAAAAUAGUAAAAUUAGUAGAAAAUAAAAUUGAUAAAACUAUGUUUAAUGAAACAUAUGAAAAAUUAAUUUUAAAAAGAAAAAAAAAAUAUAUAGAUACAUAUAAAAAUUACACUUCUGAAGAAAUAGAUAAUGAAAAACAUGAUUUAAUUAUUUUACAUUAUAUUUAUAAUAAAUUUGUUCAAGAAAAUAUAAUACAAAAAGAUUUAAUUGAUUAUAAUUUUUCAAUUGUAGUGGAUAAUAUAUAUUUCAAUAAAUAUGUAAAUGAUGAUAUAUUUUUUAAUAUUAUUAAGGGUUCUGAAAACAUCGGAGAAAAUACUUUUAAAAAAUUAAAGAGCAUAUUAAAUUCGGCUUCCUAUUGGGAAAAGGAAAUAAAAGAAAAUGACAAAAAUGUAAGGAAUCAUAAUGAAAAGGUUACACAUGAAUUUAACCAAAAUCAUACAUUUUGUAAUUCUAAAAAUAGAGAUUUUAUAAAUGAAAUAGAUGAAAAAGAUAGGGAAAAAACUAUUAACCACCAAAAUUUAUUUGAUAAUUCUAAAGGACAUCAACUUAUAGAAAAUCGAGGAAAUGAUAAAAAUAUUUAUAACAAUGAUAUUUUAAAUAACGAAACACAAUUAGUUAAUGAAAAAAUUAAAGAAAAAUGUGAAAAACAAUUACAUCAAUUAAAUUUGUUUGAUGAUGUAUAUUUGAAAGACAAUAUGGAAAAUGAAUUUAUAAAUAGAGAAUACAAUAAAACCCCAAAAGAAUUAACAGAAUUUAAAAAUGAUUUAAAAAAUGCAUAUGAUAUAGCUAUUAAUUAUUAUAACAAAAAAACAAAUUAUAUUGAGGGAAAUAAUAUAAACAACAUUGUCUAUCCAUACAAUAAUAAAAAUAAUAGAAAAAUAAAUGAAUGUGUAGAAACAAAAAAUAUUUUAUCAAAUACAAAAGAUGAUGAAAUAAUGAGCCAAGAAAUGUAUAAUAAUAUAAUUACAAAAAGAAAUAUAAAAAAUAUAUUAGAUAGUCAUAAUCAGAAACAUGGAUUUGAAAGAAAAAAUAUAAAAUUUGAAAAUAAUAAUAAUCACAAUGUAAAUUAUAAAAAAGAAAAUAUAGAUACCUUCAAUUUUUAUAAAUUAUUUAUUUUAUUAUUAAAAGUGUCAACGCUGUCUAUGGUUUCAUUUGUGUUCGUAUUUGUGUAUAUGUCAUUAAAGUAA